AUGGCGCCACUAUCCGGAUCAGCCAAGAAGAAGAAGCAGAAGGAGAAGGAGAGGGAGCUCCAACGCCUCAAGGUGAUUGAGGAGCGACAAGCGGGGUCGGACACGAGUCCUGAUGAAGAGAUUCCAGCCACCCAGCCCUAUGGACCUUGGGAAGAGCCAAAAGAGAAAUGGGAUGCACGUUUGGAGGCUCAACCCCCAGCUGAGAAGUACUCUGAAUUCGAGAAGCGUGCAAAGGCCAGAAAAGGGCAACCCAUCGAGUAUCAGCCCGCUGCGAUCUCCGAUGAGCAGACGCUACAUGUAGAUGCAUCGACCAAGUUUGAUAGCACCGCGAAACCUGUUCAGAAGCUGGUCUUCGCUUCGGGUAUCAACCUUGACGACACCCUCAUUGACGUCAUCGCGAAUGCAGACGCUACGUUCCGAAGUGCAGUCCGUGUGUUCGUCGCCGGUGACGCCGAAAGGAAGGAGGCAAUUGAGAUCACAAGUGCCGGCGUGGAGAAACUCACCAAAGCCCUGCCUCAACUAGAGGUUAUUGCUCUCCACGGCACAUCCAAGCUCACUCGUACCGCAUUCCCAACUAUCCUCAAGAACUGUGCGAACAUCGAAUCCGUCACCCUGACAGUCGUCCAAGGCCAGAAGUCCAAGCGCAUACGUCUCAACAGCACACUCGAGUGGCUGAACGACAAGACUUUCGUACCCAAGCUGCGAUAUCUCGAAUUCCGUGGCGUCUACCACGAGGCUUUCCGUCGCGAGUUCCUUGAGUUUCUUACCCAAAGCAGGCCGGCACUAGAGAUCGUGUUCGAAUUUGACCGGCCAGCAGUACUUAUCCGGGAUAACGAGACCAUUCCACUCGACCGUGUCCCUGCUGCUGAUAAAUAG